AUGGCUUCUCCACCAGUGGCAGAAGAGGGGAACGAUAACUUGGGGCCGGAAAUAGCGAUGCAGAGGACACGAUGGGCCACCCGGAAGAUGACGGUGAAGAGUGGGACGAAGAAGCGUCUAUCACUGAUAGGCAGGAAACAACACAACCGGACCGCGUCGGAAAAGAAGAGGGCAUCUGGAGGAGCAGGUUCGCUACAGCAGCCCGAGGAGGCUGUCCCAGAAGAAGAAGAAGAGGUCGAUACCCAGAGCGAGAGUGCGCACGACGAGGGCGGCCCUGCUCCAAGACAACUUUAUUUUGGCCAGCCGUUGCCACGCGAACUCCAAGACGAAGAAGGCAAGCCGGCUCGACAGUUUACGAGAAACAAGAUCCGAACGGCCAAGUACACGCCAUUAUCCUUUAUUCCUAAAAACCUUUUCUUUCAAUUUCACAAUGUCGCCAACAUAUUCUUCUUGUUCAUAGUGAUUCUAGUUAUUUUCCCUAUUUUUGGUGGUGUUAAUCCUGGACUAAACGCCGUACCCCUAAUUUUUAUUAUCUGCGUUACCGCAGUCAAGGACGCCAUCGAAGAUUACCGACGGACGAUCCUGGAUAAUGAGCUCAACAAUGCCCCCGUUCAUCGGUUACUCGGGGUCGAGAAUGUGAAUGUGGAGGAGGACAACGUUUCUCUUUGGCGGAGGAUAAAGAAGGCAACUUCGCGGUUCUUUGGAGCUCUCUGGCGUGCCAUCGAGGGGUUAUGGAAGAAGGACGAACACGCUGCCGAGGAGAAGUCGAAGUCGGUCGAUCCGCGCAUGUCGAUUGAGACCAGGACGACACCCUGGGAGGCGGUCGCAUCACCCAUGUCACGAAACUCGUUUGUCUCGGCUCGAGAAGAAAUUCAAAUGACGCCAGUACCAUCGCCGUUGCCACGAAAUCAUGAAGAGGCUCCCAGCACCUCCACCGCCGUGGAAAAUGAGGGCCUUCUUCUCCAAGCGCUCAAGGGUGAUAUGAUAAACCCAGACGUUCCGAUCUCUGGUAAGGCCAGGUUUCACAGGGAUGCUUGGAAGAGCUUGGUUGUGGGCGAUUUUGUCCGUAUCUACAACGACGACGAACUUCCGGCCGAUAUCAUCAUUCUCGCGACUUCGGAUCCCGAUGGUGCAUGCUACGUCGAAACCAAGAACCUGGAUGGUGAAACCAACUUGAAAGUUCGGUCCGCCCUUCGAUGUGGUCGUACUCUGAAGCAUGCCCGUGAUUGCGAACGAGCUCGGUUCGUGAUUGAAAGCGAGCCGCCUCAGGCAAAUCUCUACAAGUACAAUGGUGCGAUCAAGUGGCAGCAAAAGGUCCCCUGGGAUCCAAAAGGGGAGCCCAGGGAGAUGUCGGAACCUAUCAGCAUCGACAACAUGCUUCUCCGCGGAUGCAAUCUGCGCAAUACUGAGUGGGCUCUCGGCAUCGUUGUCUUCACCGGCCACGACACCAAGAUCAUGAUGAAUGCAGGUAUCACGCCCAGUAAGCGGGCCCGCAUCGCUCGCGAGCUGAACUUCAACGUCAUCUGCAAUCUGGGUAUUCUCGUGGCGAUCUGCUUGGUGGCUGCUUUUGUGAACGGUGUUACCUGGGCCAAGGACGAUGCUUCGCUCGCUUGGUUUGAAUAUGGCUCCAUCGGCUCAACGCCGGAACUGACGGGGUUCAUCACAUUCUGGGCUGCUGUCAUCGUCUUCCAGAACUUGAUUCCGAUUUCCCUGUACAUUUCGCUCGAAAUUGUACGGACGCUACAGGCCUACUUCAUCUACAGCGACAUGGGAAUGUACUAUGAUAAGAUCGAUCAGCCUUGUAUCCCCAAGUCCUGGAAUAUCUCUGAUGACGUCGGUCAAAUUGAAUACAUUUUCUCGGACAAGACAGGCACACUCACGCAAAACGUCAUGGAGUUCAAGAAAGCCACGAUCAACGGUCAACCUUACGGCGAGGCCUACACGGAGGCACAGGCCGGCAUGAACAAGCGUAUGGGCAUCGACGUUGAGAACGAGGCGAAGGUGAUCCGGGCCGAGAUCGCCGCAGCCAAGGUGAGGGCCCUGGAAGGCCUUCGUUCGCUCCAUGAGAACCCGUACCUGCAUGACGAGGACUUGACCUUCAUUGCCCCUGAUUUUGUGGAGGAUCUCGCUGGUAAGAACGGCAGGGAACAGCAAGAGGCAAACGCGCAUUUCAUGCUGGCCCUUGCUCUCUGUCACACAGUGAUCGCGGAGAAGGUUCCCGGCAACCCUCCUAAGAUGGAAUUCAAGGCUCAAUCUCCAGAUGAGGCUGCCCUGGUGGCAACCGCCCGCGAUAUGGGUUUCACAGUCCUCGGCUCCGCCAACGAUGGGAUCAACGUCAACGUCAUGGGCGAGGACAGGCAUUACCCGGUUCUCAACACCAUCGAAUUCAACUCUAGCAGAAAGAGGAUGAGCGCAAUCGUGAGGAUGCCCGACGGCAAGAUCAUCUUGUUCUGCAAGGGUGCCGACAGCAUCAUUUACUCGCGUCUCAAGAAAGGAGAACAGCAGGAACUUCGCAAGGAAACCGCCAAACAUCUCGAGAUGUUCGCCAUCGAGGGUCUCCGUACUUUGUGCAUUGCACAAAAGGAGCUCUCCGAGGAAGAAUACCGCGAGUGGCGAAAGGAGCACGACCUUGCCGCCACCGCGCUGGAAAACCGCGAGGACAGGCUCGAGGAGGUUGCUGAUAAGAUUGAGCGUGACUUGACCCUGCUGGGCGGCACGGCUAUUGAAGACAGACUUCAGGACGGUGUCCCUGACACCAUCGCUCUUCUCGGCGAUGCCGGCAUCAAGCUCUGGGUCCUGACUGGCGACAAGGUCGAAACGGCCAUCAACAUCGGUUUCUCUUGCAACCUCUUGCACAACGACAUGGACCUUCUUCGCAUCCAGGUUAACGAGGAUGAAAGUGGCAUGUCUUCGGAAGAGGAUUAUCUGGCGCACGCUGAAGAACAACUCGACAACGGUUUGGCCAAGUUUCAGAUGACUGGCAGUGACGAAGAGCUUAAGAUGGCUAAGAAGGACCACGAACCCCCGGCCGCUACUCACGGUCUCGUCAUCGACGGUUUCACCCUCCGCUGGGUGCUCAGCGAUGCUCUGAAGCAGAAGUUCUUGCUCUUGUGCAAGCAGUGCAAGUCAGUUCUCUGCUGCCGUGUCAGUCCCGCCCAAAAAGCCGCCGUGGUUGCCAUGGUCAAGAAUGGUCUCGAUGUCAUGACCCUGUCGAUUGGUGAUGGUGCCAACGAUGUGGCCAUGAUCCAGGAAGCCGACGUUGGUGUCGGUAUUGCUGGUGUCGAAGGUCGUCAAGCCGUCAUGUCUUCGGAUUAUGCCAUUGGACAGUUCCGCUUCUUGCAGAGGCUUGUUCUUGUUCACGGUCGAUGGUCCUACCGGCGCUUGGCAGAGUCGAUUAGCAACUUCUUCUACAAGAACAUGAUUUGGACCUUUGCCAUUUUCUGGUUCCAAAUCUACUGCAACUUCGACAUCGCUUACAUCUACGAGUAUACCUAUAUCCUAAUGUUCAACCUCUUCUUCACCUCGGUGCCGGUCAUCCUCAUGGGUGUGUUGGACCAGGAUGUGUCGGACACUGUGUCGUUGGUGGUGCCCCAGCUCUAUCGACGUGGCAUUGAGCGCAAGGAAUGGACACAGACCAAGUUCUGGGCAUAUAUGGCUGAUGGUGUCUACCAGUCCGCCGCUUGUUUCUUCAUCCCAUUCGUGUUCGUCACCUUGACGGCCACAGCAGCCGGCAACGGACUGGACAUCGCAGAGCGCACACGUCUUGGGUGCUACAUUGCCCACCCGGCCGUCUUCACGAUCAAUGCCUACAUUCUCAUCAACACCUACCGAUGGGAUUGGCUGACAUUGCUCGCCAUAGUAAUCAGCGACAUCUUCAUCUUCUUCUGGACUGGAGUGUACACGGCUAGUACCUACGCUGUCACGUUCUACCAAGCCGCCCCCCAGGUUUACCAGGAGUUGACCUUUUGGAUGUGUUUCAUUGUCACGCCGGCUAUUUGCUUGCUUCCGCGUCUCGUGGUCAAAUGCAUUCAGAAGCAGACGUUCCCUUACGAUGUGGACAUCAUUCGGGAGCAGGCCAAGCAGGGCUUGUUCGAUGAUCCGCAGGCUGUUGCCGCUGCAGCUGCCGCGUCCGAGGGUCUCGAGGGUACCUCUACGGGCUCUUCAGCCUCUUCGGGCAAGAUGUCGGGCAGAAGCCGCAAGUCUAAGCACGCUCAAUAUGCGAGCGUGGACGAAGACAGGCGGCCUAUCUAUCCUCCCUCCAUCGCAGCCACGCACAACACACGCGCACAGAACGGCAGCGAUGGCACCAACUACAUCAUGCAAAACCGGCAGUCCAUGGAUCUCCCUGAGGCCGAGCCGGUUGACAGCAUUCAAAGAGAAAUUACCGGACCUGGCCGGCCCUCGAUAGACCGUGCCAGGCCGUCGUAUGACCGAGUGAGGCGAUCCAUAGAUCGGGUCCGUCCCAGCUUCGAGGCCAGUAACGACUUCACCUCGGCGGCGCGGCUCAGUAGGAUUGAGUCGAGCCAUUCGGCUCAAGGACUGCCGGGGCAGCGGAGGUUCAACCUGACCACGGUCAGGAAACGGGGGUUAUCGGCAUUCUCCAAGCAAAGCAUUGAAUGA